UCUUGUACUGGUUUCCUACAAUAUAAAAAGUGUGCCCUGCACCAAUUUCAUCCAUCAAAAACCAAAUAAACUCAAAAUCGUUUAGCAAUAUAUGAUAAUGGUUUCCAAAAAUUUUUCUUUGUUUCAGCUUUUCCCCCUCUUGUAUCUCUUUACAGUUACUUUUGCUUCCACUGAGGAAGCAACUGCCCUCCUGAAAUGGAAAGCAACUUUCCAUAACCAUAGUAAUUCCUUAUUGGCUUCAUGGAGACCAAGAUCUAAUGAAUGCAGUGAUUGGUAUGGAGUUACAUGCUUUAAUGGUAGGGUAAACAGCCUGAAUAUUACAAAUUAUAGUGUCAUCGGUACACUCUAUGAUUUUCCAUUUUCAUCUCUCCCUUUUCUUGAGUAUCUUGAUCUUAGCACGAACAAUAUCUCUGGCACUAUCCCACCUGAAAUUGGUAAUCUCACAAAUCUUGUCUGUCUUGACUUGCAUAUCAAUCAUAUUUCAGGCACAAUUCCACCACAAAUUGGCUCACUAGCCAAGCUUCAGACCCUCCGCCUAUUUGACAAUCAUUUAAGUGGUACUAUUCCAGGAGAAAUAGGUAACCUAAGGUCUCUUACUAAGCUAUCUUUGGGUACUAACUUUCUUAGUGGUUCUAUUCCUAUUUCAUUGGGGAACUUGACCAACUUGUCUUUUCUGUUUCUUUAUGAAAAUCAGCUUUCUGGAUCCAUUCCUGAAGAAAUAGGUUACCUAAGGUCUCUUACUAAGCUAUCUUUGAAGAAUAACUCUCUUAAUGGUUCUAUUCCUGCUUCAUUGGGGAACUUGACCAGCUUGUCUGGUUUGUGGCUUUAUCGGAAUCAACUUUCUAGCUCUAUUCCCGAAGAAAUAGGUUACCUAAGGUCUCUUACUGUGCUAGAUUUGUCAAAUAACUGUCUAAAUGGUUCUAUUCCUAAUUCAUUAGGGAACUUGACCAGCUUGUCCUUAUUGUAUCUUAAUGAGAAUCAACUUUCUGGAUCCAUUCCUGAAGAAAUAGGUUACCUAAGGUCUCUUACUGAGCUAUCUUUGAAGAAAAACUCUCUUAAUGGUUCUAUUCCUGCUUCAUUGGGGAACUUGACCAGCUUGUCUGGUUUGUGGAUUUAUCAGAAUCAACUUUCUAGCUCUAUUCCCGAAGAAAUAGGUUACCUAAGGUCUCUUACUGUACUAGAUUUGUCGAAUAACUAUCUAAAUGGUUCUAUUCCUGCUUCAUUGGGAAAUUUGAACAACUUGUCUAUUUUGGGUCUUUAUAGAAAUGACCUUUCCGGAUCCAUUCCUACUUCCUUUGGAAAUUUGAGAAAUAUGCAAGUUUUGUCUCUCGAGAUUAACAAUCUCGCCAAGGAAAUUCCUUCGUCUUUGUGCAAUUUGACAUCAUUAGAACUGUUGAAUCUCUCAGACAACAAAUUUAAGGGAAAAAUUACGCAAUGUUUGGGUAAUAUCAAUGGCCUCCAACUUUUAGCGAUGUCAGUGAAUAAUCUUAGUGGAGAUAUUCCUUCAUCUAUUUGCAAUUUAACGUCACUACGGAUUUUAGAUUUGGGCAGAAACAAUCUUAAGGGAGCAAUUCUGCAAUGUUUUGGAAACAUGAGUGCUCAUCUUGAGGUUUUGGAUAUACACCAAAAUAAUCUUUCCGGGACUCUUCCAACACCUUUUAGCAUUGGAAGUGUACUCAGAAGCAUCAACUUGCAAGAGAAUGAACUAGAGGGAAAAAUCUCUGUAUCUUUGGCGAAUUGCAAAGAGUUGCAAGUUCUUAAUUUAGGAGAUAAUUACCUCGUUGACACAUUCCCGAUGUGGUUGAAAACUCUUCCAAAGCUGCAAGUUUUAAGCUUGAGAUCGAAUAAAUUGCAUGGCCCCAUUAGAACUUCAGGGAAUGAAACCAUGUUUUAUGAGCUUCGAAUCCUUGAUCUCUCAUACAAUGCCUUCACAGGAAACUUACCAAUGAGUUUGUUUCAACAUUUGAAAGUCAUGAGGAAAAUUGAUCAAACAAUGAAGGCGCCAACAUAUCUUACUAUAACUGUUGGAGUGGGAUAUUACCACGAUCUUUUGACAAUUGCAACCAAGGGACUAGAGCUUGAACUUAUUGGAAUUUUGAUUGUUUACACUGCUAUCGAUCUUUCAAGCAACAAAUUUGAAGGACAAAUUCCAAGUAUUAUGGGAGAUCUUAUUGCGCUUCGGGUGCUGAACUUGUCUCAUAAUGUACUGCAAGGUCAUAUACCACCAUCACUUGGAAGUUUAUCUGUAAUCGAAUCAUUGGAUCUUUCAUUUAACCAGCUUUCGGGAGAGAUACCACAACAACUAGCUGCUCUUACAUCUCUUGAAUUCUUAAGUCUCUCUCACAAUCAUCUACAGGGAUGCAUCCCUCAAGGACGUCAAUUUGCUACAUUUGAGAACAAUUCAUAUGAUGGUAAUGAUGGAUUACGUGGAUUCCCUGUUUCAAAAGUUUGUGGAAGUAUUUUGAUACCGGAGACAAAUUAUACCGAUUAUGCGGUAGAUGAUGAAGAAAGCACUUCUGAAUUUCUGAAUGAAUUUUGGAAAGCUGCUCUUAUGGGUUAUGGAAGUGGACUAUGUAUUGGAUUAUGCAUAGUAUAUUUCAUGAUUUCGACUGGAAAUCUAAAAUGGCUUUCAAGAAUCAUCGAAGAGUUGGAAAACAAAAUUAUUAUGCGACGGAGAAAGAAGCAGCAACGUCAAAGGCACUACAAAAGAAGAAAUAAUCGCAUCUAGAAGAGUUAAAAAUUCAGGUGUUUGGAGGAGCAUUUGGUGGAAUGCUCAUUGGAGAUGCAAUAUCAGAUGUUGCAGUUUAUGAUGCUAAAUUUGAGUUUUAUAGUUUCUUUUAGUUUUAUAUGUAAGUUUUUUUUUUUUUUUAACUUCCUUUUAUUAACUUAGGAAAAUGUAAUAUCAUGAAUUUUGAAGAUAUAUCAAGUUUAUGUAAGAUUCAAUGAAUGUUGUGUGUAUUGAAUGAAGUGUAGGCAGUUCUUGGA